AUGCGAGCACAGCAGAAAAAGACUCAGGAACAGGCGACUUACCACCCAAGAACUCGAACGGGUGAAUCGCGCCUCGACGAGGUCGAUUCGAAAGUUCAUCGCGCCACCAGCUCAGCUCCGGAAUUGACGAAAGCACUCGCCGACACCCGAAGAAGCCCGCUCACCCGCAGGCUCCGCCAGAUUGAGCUACACGAAAGAGUUCGACUCAAAAUCGACUCUUACACCGGCGAAGAAGACCCCAAGAAGUGGCUAACCGCGUUCAACCUCGCCAUGAGGAGGGAGAAAUACAAAUCUUACGAUGAAAGGGAGGCCAACUACUGUCAAGUAUUCGUCGAGCACAUGGCGAAAGAUGCCUUGACCUGGUUCUCUAACCUCCCCGCCGAGUCGAUCGAUAACUUCGACGACCUAACCAAUGCUUUUCUGAAGCAUUACUCCAUGCACAUGACCCGAAUCACUCGGAACAUGUUCACCACAACGCAAACCCAAGGCGAACCAUUGCGCAGCUUUAUGGAAAGGUUCAAACAAGCAGCUCGCGAUACUGGCGACAUGCCCGAUAGCGUCCCGCUGGAAGCACUCCGCAACGGCCUCUGGUACGACUCCAAGUUUAAGGAGGAUUUGUCACUAAAACCCCCUGCGACUCUGGAGGACGCGUUCCACCGCUCUCGGAACUACAUCUUCCUCGAGGAAGACCAGCGCUUCUACGCCGAGAAACAUGGAGAUAGGAGGGCAACCUCGACGAAACCCAGAGAGGAACCCAUGGAGGCGCGAAGAAGACACGAUCCGAAGAGGUCUCUCCUCACAGCGUUCGCAGCAGCCGACGACGAGUUCGAGCAAGAACACGCAGCGGCCGUUUCGAUGCCACAAGACAUCAACUCGCUCGGAGAUGACAACGAUACCAAAGCUUUCUGCAAGUUCCACGGGAGAACUGGCCACGCCACUGAAAACUGCAAACACCUAAUGAGCAACCUCAUGCGCAUGUACCAUCGAGGAGAAAUCCCGCCAAUGGACGGUGAUAGAAAAGGCGGAAGCCCGCUUGGGAAAAGGAAUCGUGAUGACCACGACGACCUACCUCCACCACCGAAGCGACAAGUCAGCAUGAUCAUGGGAGGCUUCCUGGAUAACGACGAUUCCAUAUCGGCGAUCAAGGAAUACGAACGAAAGGCCGUCGCGGCACAACGCUACCCGUAUAUCCAUAAAGGGAUCCCUACCAUCUCCUUUACGGAUAAGGAUGCGAGCGGGCUGGACAUCCCUCACCUUGACCCACUCGUAAUCACUCUACAGAUCCACGACUGUGACGUCGCGAAGGUCCUGGUUGAUACCGGGAGCACGGUGAACCUCAUCUUUCUGGAAACACUGAACCGCAUGGGAGUGGAGGAAGGAUCUAUCAAACCUACAUCCCGUCCCCUCACCGGUUUCACCGCCGAGCAUGUUUACAGCUGUGGCACAGUCCGGCUCCCCGUUUAUGUCGGCGGAAUUUCAAAGCUCUUGAAGUUCAUCGUCAUGGACAAACCGGCCAUCUAUAACGCAUCCUCGGCACCCCAUGGCUCCAUGAAAUGA